AUGGUUCACGCCACUCUUAAGACCAUAUCAAUUCCUAACAAUGAAAGAGAAAAAGUGAGUGACAAGAAUCUUUUGGUUUCAGUCCCAACACUUAAUUCUCCUUAUAUUAGUCGGUGGGGUGGGGAUCUAACCGCAGUUGGUUGUAAUAUCUACCAACUUGGCAAUUAUGAUCCGUCUAGGGUCAUGUUCAUGGACUGUCGGAAUCACACUUGGCACAAGGCUCCAAGCAUGCGGGUGGUUCGAUGGUACCCUAAUGCGCGUGUUCUUGAUAGGAAAAUAUACAUAGCAGGAGGCGUUAAAGAUUGUCAGUCCUCAGAUUGGAUAGAGUGUUUCAAUACCAAAACCCAAAUAUGGGAGCAUAUGCCAAGCCCUAGUGCAAAUUUUGUACAAGAGAAUAAUCUAAUAUACAAUAGCUUAGCCAUUGAUGGAAAGCUUUACCUCUUUGGGGUUAGGAGUAAUGCGGUUUACAAGACCAAGGAAAACAGAUGGGAUGAAAUAGGAUUAAAGGAGAAGGGUUUGAGUUGGGCUAGCAAUCUUGAUUAUUGGGUCAUAGAUAACAUAUGGUUCAGUUAUAGAUGA